AUGUUUAAGCGGCUGUGCGACGCCCCGAACCCGUUGGGACAGUUGGUGUACUUGAUUUUAGCGCUCGGUGGACACUGGAGCUUCGUGCAGGGGGUGGAAGAACGUUUGUUGGACGACGGAGACGCCGGCGGGUGGACGGCGGCGACGAGCGCGGCGUUCGGUAUCGCCGUCGUCACGUGGGUCGCGGCGUGCGCGAGCGAUCCGGGGACGGUGACGCGGGAAAAUGUGGAGCGGUACCUCGACGCAUACGCGUACGACGGGGUGAUGUAUGGGAGGAAGACGUGUCGGACGCUCGGCGUGGACGCUCCGGCGCGAUCCAAGUGGUGCGUGACGACGGAACGAAGAGUCGCACGGUUCGAUCACUUUUGCGUGUGGAUCAAUAACAGCAUCGGAGCUUGGAACUUGAGGUACUUUCUGGCGUUUUUAGCGGCGCAACUCGGGCUCGUGGCGUACGUGGCGUACGCGUGCGCGUACGCCGUGUUUCGCGAUUUGACGCGCAAAGACGCGUGGUCUUUGCGGUUUAAUCAGAUGACGAAAACGGGCGAGCGAGCGACGCUAGCGACAGACAAGAUGUUGUUCUAUCGAUUUGUAUCGUAUCACUACCCCACCGCGUUUGCUCUGUGGGCGUUCUGUACGCUCGCCACAAUUUUAAUCGCGGUGUUUCUGGUGUACAAUUUGCGAUUGGCGGCAAAAAACGUGACGACGAACGAGACGUUUAAGCGAGACGAUCUCCGUGAAGCGGUCAAGGCGAUGCGCGCCGAACCAACAAAGAUUGAUUUCGAAAAGGUCAUGAAGAACGCGUACGACGUCGGAGUUCUGCGUAACUUGCUGGAGGUGUUGUUCCCGCCCGUGCAAAGCGAGCACCCGUGGCGCGUGCCGUGUUCCUUUCCACAAAAAACAACGUCGGCAUCGAAGGAAAAGAACGCGUGA